GUCACGUGGAGAUCCUCGGCGGUGCGCGCACGCGCAGUGCAGCGUCCAUUGACGGCUGCGCUUCCUGCUCUGCAGUUCAAGCCGAAAAGAUGGCAGGCGGGAAAGCCUUUCUGCUUUCCGCGGUAUGCUUGUGGAGUACAGCCGUAUUUGCAUUUGUGGAAGAACUCGAUGGCUCGUUCAAAGAUAUAAAAAACGACGAUGUUUGGUUGGUGGAUUUCUACGCACCAUGGUGCGGUUACUGUAAAAAGUUGGAGCCGGUGUGGAAUGACGUUGGGGCUGAGCUGAAGCGGUCUGGGUCGCCGGUACGAAUAGGAAAGAUGGACGCCACUGCGUUCACAGGUGUUGCUUCAGAUUUUGGAGUGAGGGGUUACCCCACAAUAAAAUUAAUAAAGGGGGAAGCAUCCUACAACUACAAGGGGCCCAGAUCCAAGGACGCCAUUAUUGAGUUUGCCAACAGGCUGGCGGGCCCAGUCCUCCGAUCCCUACCCAGCAAGCAGAUGUUUGAACAUGUCCUGAGAAGACAUGAUGUCCUAUUUGUCUACGUCGGAGGGGUGUCACCUCUCAAGGACAAGUACACAGAAAUGGCCUCAGAGCUGAUUGUGCACACCUACUUCUUCUCAGCCUUGGAGGACGUCCUGCCUGAGACAGUGACUUUGAACGAAGUACCUGCUGUUCUGGUCUUUAAAGAUGGGGGCCACUUUGUGUACGAUGAAUAUGCGGAUGGGAGCCUCUCCUCCUGGGUAUCCAGGGAGCGUUUUCUGAGUUACCUGCCCAUCGAUGGCUACACCCUCUAUGAUCUUGGAGAUACAGGAAAAUUGGUGGCAAUAGUGAUCAUUGAUGAGAAGAACCCAACUGAAGACAGCAUCAGGUUAAGGAAUCUGGUUCAAAGAGUAGCAACUGAAUACCGAGAUCAUUACAACAGGGAUGUUCAAUUUGGCCACAUGGAUGGUAGCGAGUAUAUUAACAGCCUUAUUAUGGGUGAGAUCUCGGUUCCCUCCAUCAUCAUGCUGAAUGCCACCAGUGAGCAGUACUUCCUCCCCAAGAAGCCUGUCAGCACACUGGAGGAACUGCUCCUCUUCAUCAACAGCGUGCUGGAUGGGACUGCUGAGGGACACGGGGGAGAUGGAGUGAUUCAGAGAGUAAAGAGACUAGCGUACGACGCCAAAUCCACCGUGCAGUCUGUGUUCCGUAGUUCCCCCAUCCUGGGCUGCUUCCUGUUUGGGCUUCCCGUGGCCGUCAUCAGCCUCAUGUGCUACGUCCUCUGUACUGCCUCUGCGGCCGAUGACGGCACUGAGGACCUCAAGCAGGAUGAAGAAGAUGAGGAUGAGGAGGAUGAGGAGGACGAGGGCCAGGGAAGGCCCGCGUUGCUGGACACGACAGAGGAAACCAACAAAAGCAUCAUGGACAAGAAAGUGGAUUAACUCGGGGACCCAUUUCAAUCUGAGGCUUAGUAACAUGAUACUUGAAAGUCUUUUUAUAUUAUGAUUAGAUCUACUGUCAGCCUGCCCCCUGUUGUUAUUUAGAAAAUUGAUCGAUUUCAUCUUUUUUAUCUCAUGAAAGCCCCCUCCUCCCCUUUUUUUUUUGAAACUGUAAAUAGGGGAGGGGAAUUUGUAAAAACCCAAGUUGGUUCCUGCUCAGUUUUUACAUUUUGCUGUGUGCGAAGAAACUUCGCUUGUUCGCCACUCUAGAAUCGCUUCGGAACGCCUGCAGGAUAAUUGAGCUUCCCCUGUGGUGCACCGUUCAUGAAAAGCUCAUUUAUCUGCAGAAACCUGGGGGCAUUGCUACCUAACUAGUCCUACUACACCUGGUUUUCUGAAUUAGGAGACUGCACAAGGGUCACAAUUAGAGCUGUCCUGCUUUGUUCUUGUGGUUUAUGGGCUUUGUUUUGUCAUUCUCUUUCUUUUUAUAAGCCUUAAUGAAUAGGUAUCUAUUCAAUUGCUUAAUAGCCACAUAGUUUGAAGGCAGACUGUGUUCAGAGUAGUUCUCCUGUUCAUUUUCUAGGGGUGUUUUCUCAUUUCUACACAGAAAUUAAUCUGCUGAAGUCUGUGAGAAAUCUCCAUUAAAAGGAGGCUUAACUUUAAUGUGGAAGUGUGUUUUUAAAAUGUGUAUGGAUUCGUUUUACCAGUUCAAGGCCCAUCUGCUUAAAUAGUUGUGUUUUUUUUAAGCCAUGUUGUGGAAUCUGGCUGAAUGCACAUUUAACAAAUGCACUGAGAUGCUUAUUAGAGGUAACAUGCACUGUGUGUGGAAAUGAAUCCAAACUUUACAGAGAUUUAGGUUGUUUUAUAAAAAAAAUUAAAUAAAAAAUAUUGAAGUAAAUAUUGCCUAUGUAGCGAUGAAACAGACUUGAGACUAUGAUAAGAAGCAGCUUGCUUUAGUUUCUGGGAGGUGUAGAUUUGUACUACGUUACACGUAAUGCUAAAUGUUGUACAUUCCGUUUUGUACGUUUUUAGGUUUUGAGAAACAUUGCCGUCUCUUCGUUAUGCUCCGCUCCCAUUCCGUCUCAUUCCAUUGUUACAUUCACUUUUUUUCUGCAUCGUUAACUUGUGCAGAUUCAGGUGAACAGAAUGGAAAACCAAAGAUGAGAAUUAUAUUGAUCGCUGAUGCAGAUAUGGGGAUCGAUUCACAUAGAUGUUGUUUAUUAUUAAUUUUUUUAUGGUGUUACAGAAUGUCAAAUAUACUCCACAACCAACCCAGAUUAUCUGUAUAACAAAUGCGUUACAUGAAAGAUGCCUACAAAAGUAAAAGGUCAUUGAAUUAAGGUUUUUUUUUAUGUCUGAAGCCACAUGCAUUGCAUUAUUGUACAUAGGAAAUUAAAUAUUUGCCAUGGAAAUUAGCCAGUAUAGUCUUUUUUUUUUGGUGCAGGAAGAAUAGAAUGCUGUAUUUGUCAUGCAAAGAUAUUUGUCAGGGAUCCUUUAUUUUGUUAGAAUAGGUUAACUCUUCGGAGGGAAAAAAAAAACUUUACAUGCCAAAUGUAAAAUGAUGUCCUUCCAAGGGUGUUCAUCGCAUUUUGAUUUUUUAUAUUACAUUUAUUUAUGAAUAUCAUGCAGACAUGCACUCAGUGGCCAGUUAAUUAGGUACACCUGCUUGUUAUUGUGUGGCUAAGCGCUACAGCAGCCAGGCUGUGUGAUUCUCAAGCCCUACAGUUCUUUCUGUGAAAACACCUUGUCAAUGAGGUUGGAGGAGAACAGCCAGACUUGUUAACGGUAACAGGAAAUAGGAUACCUGUGAAUCUACAACACUCCAACUUAAGGGUACGAUCUCUCCAAACGAGAUUCUGAAGACAAAAAGCACUCCUAUCUGAUACUAUAUUGAGGUACCUAACAAAGUGGACACUGAGUGCAUUGGUUAUCAAUGAUUUAUUUAUAAUUUAACACAUUUAAAGUGAUUUUGAAAGCUUUUGUGAAAGUAGCUUUGGCUAGUUUAGGUUGGUUUACUGAAUGCUAGUUGACCUGCGGGGGCUGCAUUCAGCAGCACCUCUGAGCCUGGAGUUUGGCCGAUUUCAGCCCUCUGGAAACAUCAGUCAUACAGGUCUGUGAGCCAUUACACACUGUAACCCAUGCAGCCUUCGAGAUGGCCUUGGCACCUUUGGCCCAAGAAAUGACCACUCCUAUUGUGUGGUGCUUUGAACAAGACAUGGAAUAUUUCUCAUACUAAGAGCAGUAAGUUACAUUUAAAAAAUGUUACUAGGGUGGGAGCAUGUAGCAUGUAAUGUGUGUUAUUCUGAAAAUGAAAAAGGGAUGUUCAUUUUUGCAUUUUUCGUCACUUCGAUACUAAUAUUUGACCCCAUUGAGGUUAUUGCGUUGUAAUGGCAUAGACUGUUAAAAUAUUUUAUAAAAGCUUCAGCGUAUUAAUAAAAGCUUGACUUUUUGUCGAUG